CAAUUAUAUUCCAGAGCCGACGGCCCAAUUUCAAAUUUUGAACUUGGCGCUCUUCUCUUCACCAAUUACGCAUUUCCUCUCAGCCUCUCAAUCCCCAAAUCUUACAUCUUUCCUAACUCUGUCUUUCUAUUCAUCUCUGAACUCAGGCAAGGCAAUAGAAAUGGGGGCCUCCCAUAGCCGCGAAGAUCUUGAACUCUCGGAUUCCGACACGGAGUAUCAAGAAGAAACCGAAGAAGGAAAUUAUGAAACGCCAGAGAAAUCCUCCUCUGGACACAGGCCCAAAACCCCUUCAUCUCUGGACGAUGUUGAGGCCAAGCUUAAGGCCCUCAAGCUGAAAUACCCAUCCACAACAACCCAACAAAGCGAAAACACCAAUUUGAAAAAUGCAGUCAAGCUUUACCUCCACAUUGGCGGAAACACCCCCAAAGCCAAAUGGGUUACCUCGGAGAAGCUUACUUCUUAUUCCUUCAUUAAGACUUCCAAAAUCGGCGACCAAAAUCAAGCAGACGACGAAGAUGAGGAGUCAGAAUCGGAAUCUGAAGGGGAAGGUUGGUGGGUAUUGAAGGUUAGUAAUAAAGUUAGGGUCAAAGUUACUGCUGAGAUGCAAUUGAAGACUUUUAAAGACCAACGUCGCGCUGAUUUUGUUGCUGAAGGUGUUUGGGCCAUGAAGUUCUUUAGUGAUGAGGAUUACGGUGUUUUUGUCAGUAAGUAUAAUGAUUGUUUAUUUGAAAAUACCUAUGGGUAUGAGUCCAAUGAAGCCAAUAAGAUUAAAGUUUAUGGGAAGGAUUUUAUUGGAUGGGUUGAUCCUGAAAAGGCUGAUGACUCUAUGUGGGAGGAUGCAGAAGACAGUUUCUCGAAAAGCCCUGCAUCAGCAACUCCAGUUAGGGCUAAUCAAGAUCUGAGAGAGGAGUUUGAGGAGGCAGCGAAUGGAGGGAUACAGAGCUUGGCGUUGGGUGCAUUGGAUAAUAGUUUCUUAGUAGGUGAUUCUGGCAUUCAGGUUGUUAAGAAUUUUAGCCAUGGGAUUCAUGGGAAAGGUGUUUAUGUGAAUUUCAGUGGUGGGGAUCAUAGGAGUGGUUCAAAUUUGGUGCAUUCUACUCCUAAGAAGGCACUUCUUAUGCGUGCUGAGACUAACAUGUUACUUAUGAGUCCAAUUAAUGAAGGGAAGCCGCAUUCUACGGGAUUGCAUCAGCUUGACAUUGAAACUGGGAAGAUUGUUACACAGUGGAGAUUUGAGAAGGAUGGAACUGAUAUUACUAUGAGGGAUAUUGUAAAUGAUAGCAAGGGAGCCCAGUUGGAUCCAUCGGGAUCCACAUUUUUGGGCUUGGAUGAUAAUAGGCUUUGUAGGUGGGAUAUGCGCGACCGGAAUGGGAUUGUUCAGAAUCUGGCAAAUGCUAGUGGUUCUGUCCUGAAUUGGACACAAGGGCAUCAGUUCUCAAGAGGAUCAAACUUUCAGUGCUUUGCAAGCACUGGUGAUGGUUCGAUUGUGGUUGGAUCUCUAGAUGGGAAGAUUCGAUUGUAUUCGAGCAAUUCUAUGAGGCAGGCAAAAACAGCAUUUCCUGGCCUGGGAUCACCUAUUACUCAUGUUGAUGUUACCUUUGAUGGGAAGUGGAUAUUGGGUACAACUGAUACUUAUUUGAUUCUUAUUUGCACUUUGUUUACAGACAAGGAUGGUAAGACAAAGACAGGUUUCAAUGGUCGUAUGGGAAAUAGGGUUGCUGCACCCAGAUUGUUGAAGUUAACUCCUUUAGAUUCACAUUUAGCUGGUAUUAAUAAUAAAUUCCGCAAUGCUCAAUUUUCGUGGGUCACAGAGAAUGGGAAGCAGGAGCGCCAUUUGGUUGCUACAGUGGGCAAGUUUAGUGUGAUUUGGAAUUUCCAGCAGGUGAAAAAUGGCGCACAUGAGUGCUACCGAAAUCAGGAUGGCCUGAAGAGCUGUUACUGCUAUAAGAUAGUCCUCAAGGAUGACUCUAUUGUUGACAGUCGUUUCAUGCAUGACAAGUUCGCAGUAAGUGAUUCUCCUGAGGCUCCAUUGGUCAUUGCGACCCCCAUGAAAGUAAGCUCCUUCAGCAUAUCCAGCAGGCGAUGACAUUCUGUGAAGAAGUCCUUCACUCGACCACUACUAGGGAGGGGUUUCAAACGGUCUGUUAAAACUUCAUAAUUGUAUUUUAGACUCUUGUUUAGUUAAGAUAAGCUUGAAUCAUCUGAAGAUGAAUAAUGAUGUCUAAUUUAGUUGUAUAAGAUGAUAUCUACGUCAUUGCUAGUUAUUUGAUGACUGCAAUUUUAUGGCAUUGUAUUUGUACUUCUCAGUUCUCAAUGAAGGAGCAACUGCUACUCGUGA